AUGGCUCCCCUCAAUGUGGUCACCAAAUCCUCGAGCGUUGACGAUGAAAAGAUGGUGCUCGAGCACGAUGAGGUCGGAUCCCCCGUCGGAGUCCCCUUCUCGAAGGCUGACGAGAGGCGAUUGAUCCGCAAAGUACGUCGCGUCUUCCUUGUUGCUUCAACAACAAUGAGUCAUGCUGACAGCAUCCAUAAUUGCGCCUCUACCAGAUUGACUGGAAGAUUGUGCCGUUCCUAUCGUACGUCUGCUCUGGCAUAGGGGUCUAUUCCCGGCCUCCGCGCUCGUCUGCCAAAUCCUCCGAGUUGCAGGGCUGCCGGCACGCUCGGCCCGUGGUUGCCACUCGACCCCGGGCCUACUGGUGCCCGCCCGUACGCACCUAUCAGCUGCAAUUGCUCAGACCUCGAGCAGGUCACCGUGACGAUUCCGCGCGAAGUGACUAUCGCCCACCUUAUGAUUCGUCGGCAAAUUCGGCACGCCGGCACGGCCGCGUUGAACCCUCACAUCAAUUCGGGCUCCCUUUCGUUCGGCUCCCCCACGCGGCGCGCGUCUAGCAGUCGCCACACAUCCGCGGCGCACGCCACUGCAUGUCGCGGCCUAUCCAGAAGAUGGCUGAUCACGUUUGUACUCUUUUCGCAGCCUCCUGUACUUGAUGUCGUUCUUGGACCGCGUCAACAUGUGAGUCUCUUCUACAUGAUCGUCUGUUACCGAGGGCCCUAACCGAUGCAGUCGAGGUCAAAGUUUGCUGCACCUGGCUAACUCGGUCCGUCUUCUGUCACUGAUCGUGAAACCACAGUGGCCAGGCUCGACGUGAGUGAACGAACAUAGACUAUUUCCACUUGGUUGCGACGUGUCUGAUCACGUCCCGUCCCCUCCUCGGCCGCGCGCAGUGAGUGGUCUUGAAAAGGAGCUCAAGAUGAGCGGCUCUCAAUAUUCGAUCGCCUUGCUCGUCUUCUUCGUGUCUUAGUAAGUUGAUGCUGAAAAGUCUGCGGUCCUAUUCGAUUGGUGUACCAUGCCGUUCCGUGUAGCUGACCGUCUGUCCUGAUCGCAACCGCUGCCGGCAUCUUGUCACAGUGUCUUCUUUGAAACCCCUGCCGUCAUCUUCGUUCGUCGCCUGAGACCCUCGCGUCUCUUGCCCGCUGCAAUGCUUGUUUGGGCUAUUGUCAUGACCUUGAUGGGUGUCGUCACGAGCUUUACCGGUCUCGUCGUGGCACGAUUCUUCCUUGGGAUGGCGGAAGCUCCACUCUUCCCCGCCGCCUGCUUCUACCUGACAUCAUGGUACAAGAGGAAGGAGCAGUCGAGUAAGUUUUACAUCUCGAUGUUCACCGGUUUCAGGCGUACUGAUGCCUCUCUUGAUCUCUCAGUUCGCAUCAGUAUCUUCUUCUCUGCCGCCACACUCGCCGGUGCCUUUGGUGGCUUGAUCGCGUAAGCCCCUGUUAUCGCCCGCCCACGACGACGCCCGAGUAGCAGAUCUGACUCUUCUCGUAUCUGCCUUCUUCAGCCACGGGCUUGCUCAAAUGGAUGGCCUCGGUGGCUACGCCGGUUGGCGCUGGAUCUUCAUCGUAAGCGUCCCCACUGUUUCACGGCCCACUGGCAUAGCCUCUUUGCUAACUCGUAGAAUAUUUGAUCCGAUCGUAGAUCGAGGGCAUCAUCACCUUCGUCAUCGCUUGCGCUGCUCCCUUCGUCAUGACCGAUUUCCCCGAGGAGGCCAAAUUUUUGUCUCUCGAAGAGCAACAAGAAGUCCUCCGUCGCUUAAAAGCCGAUCGUGGACCGACGCUGCAGACCGAGUUUUCGUGGGCCCAGGUCCGUGUCGCAUUUAAAGACUGGAAGACUUACUGUUUCACCUUGAUCUACAUCGUGAGUAGUUUGGGCAUACUGAGAGUGUCUUUCUUGGCGGAUGCUCAUGGAACUGUCUCGCCCACUACUUGAUAUUGUGAUUCCGCAUCGACAGGGUGUUGCCGAGCCGUUCUACUCGCUCUCCUUGUUCACUCCGACCAUCAUCGCCGCGCUUGGCACCUACAGCAAGUCGCAAGCAUCGCUCUUGUCAACCCCUCCUUUCUUUUUGGGCUUCCUCACCACCAUCAUCAGUGAGUCCGCCAGCAUGGAAUUCUCUCCGCCAUGCAAAUGAGCUCAAUGGCAUCGAUCUUGACCGUACUCAGGCGCUCUCUACUCGGAUCGACUUGGCCACCGCGGCUUCUUCAACGUCUUCUGGCUGUCGAUCGUAGUCAUUGGCUUCAUUCUCUUGCUCGUCCUCAACCCCGUCCACAGCCCCAAGGUCGCCUACUUCUCGCUGUUCCUUUGCGUCGGUGGUCUUUGCCCUUGCGUGAGUCUCCGUGUCUUGCUCUCCCGCUUGUCAUCGCACAAACGACGGACCAAUGGAAUGACACGGAUCCUCAUCUUCGUGUUCCAUUCCCUUGACCAUCAAACAGAUCGCGAACUCGAUUGCUUGGAUCGUGAGUCGAUUAUAUCAUUACCGUUCCCGGCGAUGUGCAAAAUCCUGAUUCGAGUUUUGUUCCACUUAAGGGGAACAACUUCCCUAACCGUACCAAGCGUUCGGCGGCGAUGGGCUUAUUCUUCAGUGUCGGAAAGUAGGUAAUAGGUUGUCCUCUUUUCGAUCGAGAUCUACCAAUAUUGACUCCUUCCCUGUCUCUUAGCUCGGGGGGUAUCGUAUCGUCGGUCGUCUACUUCAAGCAGGACGCUCCCCGCUUCAUUCGCGGCCAAAGCGUCGGUCUCGGCUUCACCCUGAUGGCCCUCUUCCUCUCCCUGGGUUUGACCCUUCACCUCGGUAACGAGAACCGUGCCAAGGACGCCAAGUACGGUCCUGUUCAAGAGGGCGAUGAGGACUUUGAGCAGUUGCCGCUGGAUCUGCAACGCGCGCGUACCCAGGCUUGGGGCCUUGAAGGCGUCGCGCCUCAGCAAUUGAGUGACCUUGCUGAAGAGUGAGUUUGGAAGUGAUAUGGUCCUUACUGUUCGCACAUGAGCUGACUCGUGUCUUCUUUACAGCCACCCCGCGUUCCGUUACGUCACGUAA